UUUCGCAAUGCGCCAUUCAACAUUGGUAUUCUCUCUCUAACCUUGCAGUUCCCGUCCAGUGGACGAAGUUUCCAGGAAAUUCAGGCUCAGCUGAAUGAGGUGGCAGCUGGCCUUAACCAGUCAGCCAAUGAGGUGGUCCAGGCAUCCAGAGGGACCACCCAGGACCUGGCCAGGGCUACCAGCAAGUUUGGACAAGACUUCAACACCUUCCUGGAUGCUGGUGUUGACAUGGCUGGAACCUCCCAGUCCAAAGAGGAUCAGACACAGGUAGUGUCCAACCUGAAAACUAUCUCUAUGUCAUCAAGCAAGCUGCUGCUUGCAGCCAAGGCUCUGUCCACCGACCCCAGCUCACCCAACCUGAAGAACCAGCUAGCAGCAGCAGCUCGGGCAGUUACAGACAGCAUCAACCAGCUCAUCACCAUGUGCACUCAGCAGGCUCCAGGUCAGAAGGAGUGUGACAACGCUCUCAGAGAGCUGGAGUCAGUGAAAGGGAUGCUGGAGAACCCCACAGAGGCAGUGAAUGAGCAGUCGUUCUUUGAGUGCAUUGACAGCGUCAUGGAGAAUUCUAAGGUUCUUGGUGAGUCCAUGGCAGGCAUUUCACACAAUGCCAAGAAUUCUAACCUGCCUGAGUUUGGAGACUCAGUCAGUGCUGGAUCCAAAGCAUUGUGUGGUCUCACUGAAGCAGCUGCACAGGCAGCUUAUUUGGUGGGAGUGUCAGACCCUAACAGCGUAGCCGGUCAGAAAGGUCUUGUGGAUCCCACUCAGUUUGCACGGGCUAACCAGGCUAUCCAGAUGGCCUGCCAGAACCUGGUGGAUCCAGCCUGCACCCAGUCUCAGGUGCUUUCUGCAGCGACCAUUGUUGCCAAACACACUUCAGCUCUGUGCAAUGCCUGCCGCCUGGCCUCUUCCAAAACACCUAACCCUGUUGCCAAGAGACAGUUUGUCCAGUCAGCCAAAGAAGUGGCCAACACCACUGCCAACCUGGUGAAAUCUAUAAAGGCUUUAGAUGGAGCCUUUAAUCAGGAGAACAGAGAGAAGUGCAAGGCUGCUACUGGCCCUUUGAUAGAAGCUGUAGACAACCUGACUGCCUUCGCCUCAAACCCAGAGUUCGCCAGCAUUCCUGCUCAUAUCAGUCCUGAGGGGCACGCAGCCAUGGAGCCAAUUUUAACAGCAGCACAGAUGAUGCUGGAGAGCUCGACGGGCCUGAUCCAGACCGCCCGGUCCCUGGCGGUCAACCCCAAAGACCCCCCUAAGUGGUCGGUGCUGGCGGGACACUCAAGGACCGUGUCUGACUCCAUUAAGAAGCUCAUCACGAACAUGAGAGAAAAGGCUCCAGGCCAGAGAGAAUGUGAUGACGCUAUAGAGGUGUUGAACGGUUGCAUCCGUGAGGUUGACCAGGCCUCUCUGGCUGCAAUAAGCCAACAAUUAACACCCCGAGACGACAUCUCUAUGGAGACUCUUCAUGAACAGAUGGCUGCUUCAGUUCAUGAGAUCAGUAACCUGAUUGAUCCUGUGGCAGUGGCGGCUCGAUCGGAGGCCUCCCAGCUGGGACACAAGGUUUCUCAGAUGGCCAGCUACUUUGAACCCUUGAUCAUGGCUGCCAUUGGCACAGCAUCCAAGAUCCUAAGCAGCCAGCAGCAGAUGGCUGUCUUAGAUCAGACCAAGACCUUGGCAGAGUCAGCGCUGCAGAUGCUCUAUACCGCCAAGGAGGCUGGAGGAAAUCCCAAGGCAGCACAUAUGCAGAAUGCUCUGGAGGAUUCGGUGCAGAUGAUGAAAGAAGCAGUAGAUGACCUGGGGGCCACGCUGGCUGAGGCAGCCAGUGCAGCAGGUGCUGUGGGUGGCAUGGUGGAUUCCAUCAACGAUGCCAUCAAUAAAAUGGAAGACGGGCCUGCAGAUGAACCAGAUGGCACCUUUGUAGAUUACCAGACCACCAUGGUGAAGACGGCCAAGGCCAUUGCUGUUACUGUACAGGAGAUGGUGACCAAGUCCAACACCAACCCAGAUGACCUUGGAGGACUGGCCAACCAGUUGACCAAUAAUUUUGGAAAUCUAGCAAAUGAGGCCAAAUAUGCAGCACUCACUGCAGAGAAUGAUGAAAUUGGUUCUCACAUUAAGAAGCAAGUGGGAGAGCUGGGCUUCACCUGCACAGGUCUGGUUACCAAAGCUGGAGCUCUGCAGUGCAGCCCCAAUGACACAUUUACUAAGAAAGAACUAAUUGAAAGUGCCCGCAAAGUCUCAGAGAAGGUCUCUCAUGUGUUGGCAUCCCUUCAAGCUGGUAACCGUGGCACCCAAGCCUGUAUUACAGCUGCAAGUGCUGUUUCUGGAAUCAUUGCAGAUCUCGACACAACCAUUAUGUUUGCCACUGCUGGUACCCUUAAUAGAGAGAAUGCUGAAACGUUCGCUGACCACAGAGAAUGCAUUCUGAAGACAGCAAAGGCCUUAGUAGAGGACACGAAGCUGCUGGUGUCUGGUGCGGGAGCCAGUCAGGAGAAACUGGCUCAGGCUGCCCAGUCUUCAGUUUCCACCAUAACCAAACUGGCUGAUGUGGUCAAACUGGGAGCAGCCAGCCUGGGUUCUGAAGACCCCGAGACUCAAGUGGUCUUGAUCAAUGCAGUGAAGGAUGUAGCCAAAGCUCUGGGUAACCUAAUUAGUGCCACUAAGGCAGCUGCAGGUAAACCUCAUGAUGACCCCAGCAUGCUCCAGCUUAAGAGUUCUGCUAAGGUGAUGGUGACCAAUGUGACAUCUCUGCUGAAGACUGUCAAGGCAGUGGAGGAUGAAGCCACCAAGGGAACCAGAGCCUUAGAGGCCACUAUUGAACACAUCAAGCAGGAGCUGACUGUGUUCUGUAGUUCUGAUCCCCCACCAAAAACGACCACGCCAGAGGAGUUUAUUCGUAUGACAAAAGGAAUCACUGUGGCAACAGCGAAGGCAGUGGCUGCGGGGAACUCAUGUCGCCAGGAGGACAUCAUCGCCACUGCUAACCUCAGCAGACGAGCUAUUGCUGACAUGCUGCACUCCUGCAAGGAAGCUGCCUACCACCCAGAGGUCAGCAAGGACGUCCAGAUGCGUGCUUUACGCUAUGGUAACGAAUGUGCUUCAGGAUAUUUGGGACUGCUAGAACAUGUCCUGGUGCCGAUCAUCCAGAAGCCCACACAUGAUCUGAAGCAGCAGCUUGCCAACUUCUCCAAGCGUGUUGCUGGCAGCGUCACUGAGCUCAUCCAGGCUGCUGAGGCAAUGAAAGGCACGGAGUGGGUGGACCCCGAGGAUCCUACUGUCAUCGCAGAGAACGAGCUGCUGGGAGCCGCAGCCGCUAUUGAAGCAGCUGCCAAGAAACUGGAGCAGCUGAGGCCAAGGACCAAACCCAAGGAGGCAGAUGAGAGCUUGAACUUUGAAGAGCAAAUUCUGGAAGCAGCCAAAUCGAUUGCGGCUGCCACAAGUGCUCUGGUCAAAGCAGCUUCAGCAGCUCAGAGAGAGCUUGUUGCUCAGGGGAAGGUGGGAGCAAUUCCAGCAAAUGCAGUGGAUGAUGGGCAGUGGUCUCAGGGCCUGAUUUCAGCUGCCCGGAUGGUUGCUGCAGCAACCAACAACCUGUGUGAAGCAGCCAACUCUGCGGUCCAGGGACAUGCCAGUGAGGAGAAGCUCAUUUCUUCAGCUAAGCAGGUGGCAGCCUCUACCGCUCAGCUCCUGGUGGCCUGCAAGGUCAAGGCUGACCAGGACUCACAGACCAUGAAGAGGCUCCAGGCUGCUGGAAAUGCUGUGAAAAGGGCAUCAGACAACCUGGUGAAAGCAGCUCAGAAAGCAGCGUUUGAUGCUCAGGAUGACCAGGCUGUGGUGGUCAAGAGUAAGAUGGUUGGAGGCAUUGCUCAGAUUAUCGCCGCUCAGGAGGAGAUGCUUCGGAAAGAAAGGGAACUGGAGGAGGCAAGGAAUAAGCUGGCCAUGAUCCGAAAACAGCAGUACAAGUUCCUCCCCUCAGAGCUGAGAGAGGAUGGCCAGGACCAAUGAGAGUGUGGGGGGGAGGUGCCAACAAACCGCAAAUCAGCAACGCAAAUCAUUGUGAAACGCUCAGGACCUAAUGCUUCAUAUCAGAUCAGUUCUAACAGCAAGUCAAACUCCAUGUCUACAGUAACAUAUCAGAAUGCUUUAACAGUAGAGCAAGAAUAUGCUAAAUAGUAUAUCAUGACAGUAAUGAUAAAUGUUUGCUUAUACUGAGACAUAUGCCUUCACGUGAUAAUUAAGUUAUGUAUGCUUCUAAUGAUAUAUGUUUAUAUUCCUUAGAAAGUGAGAUUUUUUACGCUUCUGUGUUCUUGAUGUGAGGCUUUAGAAAGCCAUACCAGUUCAUUCCUCUGCCCUUCUCUCUCGGACUCUGUUACAUCGCAUUGCUAUGAAAAUGGAUUAUUAUGGCAGGUUUAUCCUUCAGUGACAAUCUAUGCAAAGUUUCUAAGCAGAUUUUUAUGUUUUAUUUUUAGAUAUAUAUCUAAAAUAUAUAUAUGUAUGCAUUUUCUUGGGUCUGAACACACUUCCAAAGAGUCUUGAUAUGUAGGUGGUAGUUAGUAAUAGACAUUUCUGCCAUUUUGUUUGAUUAUUUUCCUUUUACUGUACAAAACUAUAAGAAAAAUAAAAUGUUUGAAUUUUAUAGUUUAGAACAAGACUAUUUUAAACGGAUUAGUUAAAAAUCAGUAUUUUUAAAAGAAUAAAAUGUGUUCAACAGAUGUGAUCUUUGAGUUAGUAUUUAGACCAGGAUCUGAUUGGAGGACUAGUUUGUGUAGUGAGUAUGAAGCCAUAUAUUUAAUGUCCACAACUUUUACAUCAGUCUAAUGUUUGCUGGACUGAUGUUUAUUGAUCCAUUCCACUGAAAUGUGUGCCAAACAUGUCUGCCAGAGGUGUGACACACAUCUGGACCAAUACUCUCAUGUUCAGCUGUUUUAGAAACGUACAUCAUCGUUAAGAAGAGUAACAUUUGUGCUUAAAAGAUGUCCUCUCUUUCAAGUUAAGUAUUAAUGUCUGGCCAUUUGUUCCUAAAGUGCAAUAAUUUCAUCACUCUACUCAAUAAAAGUAGAAGUAGCUUUAUUUCCUUUGGAGUGUUUAAAACUAACCAUCCACUGUGCCAUGCAUAGGUUUCAGUCAUUCAUCAUUCAAACUUUUUUAUAGACCAUGAUUUGAAUUGACUUAUUGUUGGAAUUCAGGUGAAGAGUAUUUCUACCCAAUGGGCACUGUCAUACACAAUAAAGCCUAUUUUCACUGAAAUUA